UAAAUAUAUAUAUCAGUGCGUUUGUUCUAUUGUGGUGUUAUGAAACUAAAUGGGAACUAGAUAUACAAAGAAGCAAAUACUGAGAAAGAAGCACCUCUUACCUGCAUCACUACGCAACAAGAUACGAGAAUCUACUCUUCAAGUUUUUCGAGAUCGGCUGAAAUCUCCAGGGAAAGGUGGUGCUCUUUUGGUUGGAAACAGCGCAAACCAAACUGAAAACUGUUUGGUGUCCUCAGCACCAACAGUGAAAGAUAACUCUGCAUCCCCUGCUCCAUGCUCUGUAAAGGACCCCAUACCCCAAGAAACGGUCAAUAACUCCGACUCCAGUCUACAGUCAAUGGCCAAGAGGAAACGUGUCCGAAUAAAAAGGAAGAAUUUACAGAGAAACCAAUAUAAGAACACUGGAUGCUUAAAGAAAUACAUCUCUCAAAUGACCAAGAUUAACAACAUGGUUUCUUGCAACACAGCAUCACGAAGGGUCAGAUCCCCUGAAAAGAAGAUCAGUAUAAUAGCUGAGAAUAGAAUCACGAAAUACCUGGGUAUCUUCAACAGAGGAAGGAAAUCAGAGAGAAUUGCACGGGUUUGUCCACCUAUUCCAAAGUCUGUCCAAGAUAAAGCUGACUCUGAUCUCAAGAAGAUUCUCAACAUUACUUCUGACCCGAGGGAUGUCAUCACCAUCACAGAGAGCGAUGACGGCAGCCAGCAUGGUUACCAUGGUAACAGAGAGACGAGUCAGAGUGCCAUGACAAUCCAGUUUUCCCAGAAACCCAUGACGCCCACCGCUGAGGGUGCAGCUAAUACCUCAAGUCAUUUACCUGAAGAGACAAAUGAUUUACCACAGCAAACACCAUACAAAGAAGUUGCUCAAGACCUCCUCUCAACACUCCACGAAAAAAAGAAACUUUUCAAUCAAGAUCUCCGACUCACCAUCUCCACCCAACUGUACAACCUUCUGAGGCAAAGCAUCCAGCACAGCCCGGUGUCAAAGCGAGAGACUGCGCCAAAGUGCAACAGAGCAGCUAGCGAGACAACACCCCCGUCUGCACUCAACAAAGAGAAAUCCCUGCCGUCUUCCACCCAGCAUGGGCACAGUAAAACCCCUGCACUGAAAUACCCGUGCAUUGACCAGAUUUUACUGAACGCUUGUCCGCAGGAUGAUGGCAAAUAUCUGCUGAUGAAGAACGACUACGUGAUCAAGAUAGAUGAGAAUAUGAAUGGCAGUAAGAAGCGAAUCUAUCAGGCCAGCAGCAUUUUACCCUCCAGGGACAGACACGAGGAUGGCGGCCCAAUGCGUGGCACUGGUAAUAGCAAGAGUCACUCUUGCUACUUGGACCCCAAGUAUGUAAGGGCUCAGACCGAAUCCUACAAAAGCGUGAAGAAUACUGUGCCCUGGGAUAAAGGGCUGAAGUCAGAGUUUGGCAUUCAGAAGAUUUGGAAGUCGAAAAAGCUUGUUGCAGACGUCAGUUUGGAUUAUGAGAGUGGUCAGAGUUAUGAAGGUAUGGAUUCAAGAGAAGGCAGUGGUCACCCUGGACACCAGUGCACAGAGACAGAUAUUUUCUCCCUCUACCCACAGAAGUUCAUAGAAGCAGGCAGCUACCCAGAGCAGAGUAGCGAGGGAGGCAGCUACCCCUGUCACCUGCACCAACCUACAAAGACAGACAGUUACCCACAGCAGAAAUCAGAAGUCAGCAACUACUGUUGUCACGUGCACAAGUCUACAGAGGCAGACAGCUACCUACAGCGGUGUACGAAGACAGAUGAACGCUCACAUCCCACCCACAUAGGGUGUACAGAGGGCCCUGACUUCCUACAAUAUCUCGAACAGUCCAGCCAAGGGACCAUAUCACCAGAGAGCAUUGCUACGACAGUCAACUACCAACUCCCUAAAUUAAAAUGGAACAACACAAUAUUCAAGGCUCCCACACCAGAUUCAGACCUGUCCCCUUUCUGGCUGUCAGAGCCCUCUCUUCCCCCUUUACCUAUAAAACCCUCCUUAGACAAUGUGGUCAGUCCUCCAGGUAAACUCUACCCGAGGAAGCUGUAUUGAUGCUGGCCUGGGGUCUUGGCAGAUGGUUUGUAAAUAAAUAAAAUUUAAGUAUGUGGUGGAUGGUGGGCAGAUAUGGAAUGUGGACAAACAUGUGAGGUGAAGUGAGAACACCUAUUCUGUCCAGUGGUGUGGAUGGCAAUUAGCAAAACAAACGAAGCCUGGAAAGCUUCAAAAAUUUUUGUUAAUGGCUUAAUCUCAAUAUAUAUAAAUGGCAAAAUGUCUGUCUAUGUGUGUCCUUUAUACAAAUCCACAAUUUUUCAGUUAGAGGGCUUGCACUUUCUAU